CGCCGAGUAACAACAAUUUGGGCUCUACUGUAGUUCAUUUAUCACCGUAAAAUCGUGACCGGUACAGAAUAUGGAAGGUUCUGUUCUUUUACCAGUGGAGGCAGAAGCGUUUGUCGAAAGUUUAGAGAUACUUUCUCUCAAAGACGUGGGAUCGACGAGGUGGUUCAGACAACAUGAGCACGUUGAAAAACUGAACAUGCAAGCAAUACUGAGUGCUUCUGCCAUGCAUGACGAGUUCAUCAAAGACAUGCUGGUGACUUUUACAAAGAUUCCAGUCCUGGUCCAUGAGAUGAUCCUGACUGAAGUAUGGAAGCAAAGGAUAUUCCCUAUCUUAUGCCAACUGCAGGAUUUCACCCCCAAGAACACAUUUCCUCUUUACAUGGUGAUCCACUAUGAAGCCACCAUCAUCAACCUGCUAGAGACCAUCAUGUUUCAUAAGGAAUCUUGCGAGGCCGCUGAUGACGCCAUUCUCGACCUGGUGGAUUACUGCCAUCGCAAGCUCAUCCUGCUGGCCGGCAACACUAGCAAAGAUCGCAACGUAACUCGUAAGACGCACAACAACGCGUCCGGCGAGGGGCUUCUGUGUUCCAAAGAGGAGUUGCAAAUUCAGGCUGCUGAGCUGGAGUUUGACAUCUCAUUGAAGGCUCUGUCUGUGCUGCGAUACAUCACUGACAACACUGACAGUAUCAGUGCCAUAAACCGCAUGCUGUGCACACACAACGUGCCGUGUCUACUGGUGCGCCUGUUGGAGAUUUGUCCAUGGAGUCGCUGCAGAUCAGGUAAAGUAGAAAAGUACAUGAACGGGAAAUGGGAGACGAUUCCUGUGGAGGACCGAGUGAAGAUGACAAAAGUGGAAGGACAGGUGUGGCUUUCACUUUACAAUCUGUUGCUGAAGGAAGACUGCCAAAGAAAAUAUGACUUCAACACUUUUAAUAAGAGUCAACUUCUGAAGCUGCGCAGCUUCCUGACAGAAGUGUUGGUUGAUCAACUUCCAAACUUGGUGGAGCUUCAGCGUUUCUUGGCUCAUCUUGCAGUGACAGAAGCUGAACCUCCAAAGAGGAGUUUUGUUCUAGAACAGGUGCCUGAAAUGUGGAACCGUAUCGUGAAGGAAAAUGCAGGCAAGUGGAAGGCAAUAGCCAAGUAUCAAGUCAAGGAAACGUUCAGCGCCUCUGAAGAGGACCUGAGACACCAAGCUCAGAGGCUGGCUCAGACGUACAAUCUGGACGUAAUGGAGAGUCUACUCCCUGACAAGCCGAAGUGUGGAUGCUGUGGAAAAGUGGCGGCCAAGAGAUGCUCUCGGUGUCAAGAGGAGUGGUACUGUCACAGAGAAUGUCAGGUGAAGCAGUGGCCCAAACACAAGAAGGCCUGCCAGGUCAUGGUAGAGGCCAACAAGAGGAUCCAGACAGACUUGUGCAAUAGCAACAACCAGAAAGCCCAGACCUAAAUAUAACAGCUGAAGAACUCUGCUCAUUUGUUCACAUUUCCACAAGUACCACAAUUACUUUAUUAAACCAGUCUUUACAUUUACAGCAUUAUUACUGACAUUUUAAAUCAUAUCUUUAAUUGUUAACAUUUUCUUUACUACUUGACCUAAUUAGGGUCACAAAUACAGUAAGCUGCAGCAUAUUUGGGUAGAAUAGAAAACAAAUUGUACUCAAGUAGGAGUACUGUUACUUUUGAGUCAUUUUUAAUUACCGAGUAACUUUGGGUUAUUUAGUAUUUUCUUUAAUAGUACUUACACUACAACUUUGGUUGGUGGUUGAUGUGUGCGUGUGUGUGUGUGUGUGUGUGUGUGUGUGUGUGUGUGUGUGUGUGUGUGUGUGUGUGUGUGUGUGUGUGUGUGUGUGUGUGUGUGUGUGUGUGUGUGAGAGCGAGAGAGAGCGAGAGCGAGAGACAGAGAGAGUGAGAGAGAGCUGAGUUUAAUUGAGUUGAGUUAAUUUUGAGUUUAUUUCAAACAUGCAAGCAUACAACAUAAUACAUCACAAAUUCCAGUUUCUCUUUUCAACAUGUUCAGAAAGAAGCAGAGUUUAUUUAAUCCUACCCCUUUUCUUUUACAAAACAGUUGCUAAAACUUUUGUUCACUUCCUGUUCUCAAAGUCUUCACAAUAUACUCCAUAAGUAAUCACAAUAAAAAUAAAUAAGUAAAUAAGUAAUUGUUGAAGUAACUUUUAUUCCAUACGAUGAGAUAAGUAAGAUUAUUUUGAGAAUGAAAGAAUGAAUGGGUGAAUAAAUUCAGAAUGUUUAUCAUGGUUCUUCUUUUUUGUACUUUGUAAACAUUUUAAGUUUGAAGAGUUUCUUGAAGUGGAUCAUAUUAGUACAUUGUUUGAUUGCUUUGCUUAAUCCAUUCCAUAAUUUAAUUCCACAUAAUGAUAUACUGAAGGUCGUAAGUGUUGUACAUGCAUACAAAUGAUUUAAAUUACAUUUUUCUCAAAGAUUAUAUUUCUCUUUUGUUGAGAAGAAUUGUUGAGUAUUCUUGGGAAGCAGGUUAUAGUUUGCUUUGUGUAUAAUUUUAGCUGUUUGCAAAUUGACUAUGUCGUGGAAUUUCAGUAUCUUUGAUUCAAUAAAUAAAGGAUUUGUAUGUUCUCUAUAUCCAACAUUAUGUAUUAUUCUAACUGAUCUUUUUUGUACCACUGUUAGUGAAUGAAGUGUACUUUUGUAAUUAUUUCCCCAUAUUUCUGCACAAUAACUCAGAUAUGGUAACACUAGUGAGCAGUAGAGAAUAUGAAGUGAUUUUUGGUGUAGGACAUAUUUGGCUUUAUUCAUUAUUGACGUAUUUCUUGCUACUUUAUGUUGUAUUUUUUUGACAUGAGAUUUCCAGUUCAAUUAUCAUCAAU